AUGAAGAAGCUAAAACAACAUUGCACAAAUUUUAACGUAAAAAUUAGAAAGCUUAUUUUGAAAAUUUUUAUUUUUUUAAUGUUAAAUAAUCCUCAAGUGCCGAUUAAUUUGGAAUCUUAUAAAGUCGAGUAUGACUUAAAUAAACAAAGCUAUGAUCUUUUGUUUUAAUCACUUGCAAGACAUUUUACUAAAACUAUAAAUAUGAAGCAGAGCGAAUAAUAAUCCGACUGUAAAAAUUUAAAAAAAAACAUAUAUCAUUAAUUAAUAAUCUUCACAUUCUUUAUCUUCAGAUUUACUGUUUAAAUCAAAAGAAUGAAUUUUCUUAUUUAUUUUUGAUUUAUUAUGUCAUCCCCAAUAAUUUUAUUUGUCUCUUCCACCUCGAUUUGAUUUUGCUCAUCCACAACAUUAUUGCAUUCUUCCUCCCCUUGAUUAAAAAGUUUAUUUCCUUCCUCUUCGCAAACAAUUGAUAACUUAACUAAAUUAGAAAAAUCAUCAUUUUGUGGAUUAACAAAUGAAUUUCCUUCAUUAUCAUCUAAUUGCACGUUUUUCUUAUUUUGCCGGUAUUUUCGCUGGUUUUGAUUUCGCUUUUCUCUGUUAUUUUGGUUAUACGUUUUCGCGUUUUUGAUUAUUCUUUCCUUAUUAUUUUGGUAAUAAUUUUUCAUAUUAACUUUUCUCUUAUUUUUAUUCAUUUUAUAGUAAUUUCGCUGAUAUUCAUUUAUCUUUUCCUUAUUUUGUU